AUGGCGAUUUUAAACAACCUCAAGGAGCUACGAACGUGGGUAGACGCGUCGCAGCCGCAGAUGCCGCCACUGUGGCAUGUCCAGAUUCUAGAACGCCAGGGACUGGAAAAUCGAAGAGAUGGCGCUUUCAAAAUGCCCUUCCAGGCUCUACCGAGAGGUUCUCAAGGAGCUAGUCGGGUUGAAAGCAACGGAAACUCACAAAAUGGGACUGUUUUGCCAAAAGAGAAGACAAACUUUCAGACCAUUCCAGAUUCCAGACCAAAUCUACCGAAAGCAGCAUCUACAACCAACAGCCUCCAAACAUCCACAUCUUAUGGCCUACAAUCCAGAAACAACGAUCCAGCACCUGGCCCACUUAUGGCCUCCACCCAGCUCAACCAGCUUGACGAUUUGUCCGAUUUCAGCGAUUCUGAGCUGCUCAAACUUAUAGAUACAAAGGCACUCCCGCCUCUUAAGGUGAAACCACAGGCUACGCUAGAUCAACUACCGAGAGCGCAGCCGAAACCCGUCCAGCCGGAGCCGGUGAAGCUUAAGGCGGUGUCCAAGCCCGAUAACGACGUCGGAAAGCUCCAGGCGUAUAUACGGCUCUGUGAGGAAAAGAUCAACUUGUUGGUGAAGAGGCACUCGGUCAACGAGAGCACAUCGCUUUCGCUCGACGCCAAAAACCAGUGGGUCUCCAAAAACUUUGCAAACAAAUUCAGCGCCCUAGAUGCCCAACAACUGCGUAUGAGGGCGGGUUUCACGUUUCUUGACCCGCCUCCGAACGAAGACGACUUGUCGAAGCUUUCCAGCUUUUCUGAGGCACCUCAACCAAACCUCGGCCUUCCUUCCAGCAUCCGCGUCGACUCGCCAGUGCAAUCGUCACAGCCGCUUCCAAGAGCUGAAAAUCAUGUCCAGAUUCCCUUUUCGCCUGAACCAGAGCCUCAAAGACAGCCAGAGCCUCAAAGACAACCAGAGGUGCCUACUUCACCGUUCAAUUUCUCGCCAUUCUCGCCUACGCAAAGAGCCGCCCCUCAGGAAAACGAGUUCGAAAAGAACAAGGAGGAGGCACGCCAGAUCAUCAUGGAAACUCGUCGGCGAAAGGAAAAUGGUGAACCUCCGCGCCAGUCCAUGUUCGUGGAUGAAGACGACAUGGAGGACGAUUUUGGUGAAGAGUACAUGGACGGUUUGAGAUCCUCUCAGGCUGAUGACAGAGACACCGAUCUCAGUGGCUUCAUUGCUGUUGAUGACGUUGAGUCAAUCGACGACACCUAUGUUAGUCCUCGAGCUACGCAGGCCGAUUCAGACCAGGACGAAAGCGAGAUCGAGGACAGUGCUCCACGCCUGCCUGAAGAAAACGAUAUGGACGACGAACUAGCAAACAUCAAGUUGUCUCAAGACGUUGCUGAAAGAUAUGGUCUCAAGUACAACACACAGCCGGGAGAGAAAACCGAUGAGGACAAUCAGAUUGACUUAGUUGAGGUUAGCGACGAAGAGGAGGAAGCCAAUCCCAUGGACUUCACCACGCAGCUCAACGAGGCUCGUGACGAAAUUGUCGAAAUUCCAUCGGAAGAUGACAUGGAUGAUGAAGAUAUGGCAGCGCUCAACGAGUUAUCUCAUACCAGAAUCAAGGUGGAGCCCAAUCAGGUCGUCAUUAGUGAUGAGGAUUUCAGUGAUGAUGACGACGAGUUGCUUCAGCUUUCCAAAUCUGUCGGAAAGCUGAGCCAAUCUGAGAGAACAGUGCUUCCUGGUUCCGAAAAGUUCAUCAACGAAGUCUACGAUGUUUUGGAGAAAACCUUCAAACUCAGAAGCUUCCGUCCCAACCAGUUGGAGGCUGUUUGCUCGACUCUUAACGGCAAAGAUGUCUUCGUAUUGAUCCCGACUGGAGGUGGUAAGUCCCUUUGUUAUCAGCUUCCAGCACUUGUGAGAAAUGGUAAAACAAAGGGCACUACGCUUGUUAUUUCACCAUUGAUCUCUUUGAUGCAAGAUCAGGUCCAGCAUUUGCUUGACAAAAACAUUCGUGCUGGAAUGAUCAGCUCGAAGGGCUCGAGUGAAGAGAGGAAUGCCACUUUCAAGUCUCUCACCUCUGGUCAGCUCGAUCUCGUUUACUUGUCGCCCGAAAUGGUCAAUAACUCCGUACGUGUGCAAAAAGUACUCACCAAGCUCUACGAAAACGAUAUGCUUGCUAGAGUCGUGGUUGAUGAGGCUCAUUGUGUCAGUUCCUGGGGACAUGACUUCAGACCUGACUACAAAGGCAUGAGUAUGUUCAAGCAGCAGUACCCUACAGUUCCUGUGAUGGCGCUUACAGCGACUGCCAACGAAAAGGUGAGACUAGACAUUGUCCACCAUCUCCGAAUGUCUAAUCCCGUUUUGCUUAAACAAAGUUUCAACAGAACGAAUCUAUUCUAUGAGGUGAAGAGCAAACCAUCCAACAUCUACGAGUGGAUUCGAGACUACAUUAUGCAAAACAGACGGGGACAGACAGGAAUUAUUUAUUGUCACUCCAAGCAGUCUUGUGAGACUACUUCGCAGAAACUUAACGAAUAUGGAAUACGCUCGAUGUUCUACCAUGCUGGCAUGGACCCCAAUGAGAGAUUCGACGUACAAACAAAGUGGCAGCACGAUGAGUUGCAAUUGAUUUGCGCUACAAUUGCCUUUGGAAUGGGUAUUGAUAAGCCGGAUGUUCGAUUUGUCAUUCACAUGUAUAUUCCACGUUCCUUAGAGGGUUACUACCAGGAGACAGGUCGUGCUGGAAGAGAUGGUGAAGAGAGUGAAUGUAUCAUGUUCUAUUCAUAUAAAGACGCUCGAAGUCUUCAAAGUUUGAUUCAGAGAGACGACAAGCUUGAAGAGGAAGCUAGGGAAUCGCACUUAUCAAAAUUGAAGCAGGUUGUUCAAUAUUGCGAGAACAAGUCAGAUUGCCGCAGAAAGCAGGUGUUGCAUUUCUUCAAUGAGGAGUUUGAUCCGCAGAAGUGCAACAAGAAGUGUGAUAAUUGCUGCAGUGACACUGUGGCCGUCAUGAAAGAUGUUACAGAACACUGCCAAAAUAUCGUCAAGCUCGUUCAAGAGAUUCAGCUGGACAAGGUUACGACAAUCCACUGUCAAGACGUCUACAGAGGCUCGAGAAGUGGAAAGAUUUUGAAAAUGGGCCACCACGAAAGUCAGUAUCAUGGGCUCGGAAACGGGCUUGAUAGAGGUGCAAUUGAGAGAAUCUUCUUCCACUUGCAAAGCGAAGGUUGUCUUUUGGAGUACCAGGUUAUGAAAGGUGGUUUUGCCUCUUCAUAUGUCAAGCUUGGGCCUAAUGCGAGACCCUUGAUGAAUGGAUCGAAGCGGAUCAAGCUUAGUUUCGCACAAGCAGACUCGGGAAAGAAGGGUGAAAGGACCAGGCUCGUUGCAUCCGGUAAUGGCAAUGGUCUCAACACUUUCCGUUACCAAGAUUCAUUCGUAAGUGCCCGUGAGAUGAGAAAUCAAGAGCAGGAAAAAGAGAAUCUCUACCAGGCUUCCAAAACGAAGAUCACGCUUCCAAGGCAGACAUUCAACGGUCAGAUCAACGCCAACAACGAAGAUGCAGUGGAGCGGGCUUUUGGCGAGCUUCGGAAAAUCCGUCAUCAGAAGCUGCAAGAGCUUCGGUUUGCCAGGCCAAACUACCUUCUCGGGGACGACGCGCUCAAGGAAAUGGCUAUCAAGCUUCCUACAAACGCCCGGGACUUUGGCAAACUUGAUAACAUAAGCAAAGACCAAGCGCCGUAUUUCCAGUAUUUCAAAAAGACUUUGGGCGCCUUGGCAAGAGAACGGAAAAAGGCCUCCCCAGAUUACCCCUCCCAGACCAAUACCUGUUUCUUCCCUAAUACCACGUCGGUCAGCAACUGGAAAAUCAUGGCCAACACAUCAAAUUCAGUGAAGCUAGAGCCACUCUCCAAAAACGAACUAUUUUCCAGAACCCAAGCUCUCACAGGCUCAGAACCAUUCGCCUACAGCACUGCCAAUUCAGAUCCAGAGUGUAAUGAAGCCCACGAUACACCUGCCGAUUCGGAGUGCAAGUCCGAGACUUCCGACGAAAACACCAUCGAGCAGGCGUGUGAUUCGUGCCGCAAACGCAAACUCAAGUGUUCCAAAGAAUACCCAAAGUGCUCCAAGUGUAAGCAACACGGAUGGUGCUGUCUGUACCUGCCCAGGACGGUCAGACUGCCUCUCACGAGACGUUACCUCACCGAGGUUGAAAAUAAGUUGGACAAGGUCACCGAGAUGCUUCGGAUCAUGUUGCCCUCUCAUGUGAGCAUUGAUCUGCUCAUGGACAAUCCUAACUACGUCGAGGAACUAAGAAACCUCAAGAACGAGUCGACGGCCGAGUCGCCCAACUCUGUCUUCUCCCACGCCGAGUGCAACGAUUCCGAGGAGGAAUCAUGGGACAAGGUGAAAAUCAAGCAGGAGAUCAUCGACGACUUCAUGCUUAAUAAUAUCCCCACUUCGCCUAAAAAGCAACCUUCAGACAGAGACAGAGACAGCACGCUGGGACCUUCGUUGACGUCACCUUCGUCGUUGCUCUCGUUGAACUCGAUCGAAAACUACGACUACGACGCCGAGGCCUUCCCAGAGCCCAGCUUAAAAAAGCAGCGUCUCAGCCCUUUCUCCCCAGAAUACACCUCCAUCUUCAACGAAGUCAUCACCGACUUCUAG